GCUCUACGUAAAUCGCAUUGUUGCCACGGCUUAUGUUUAGUUUAGUUUAGAUUUUAGAUAUAUUUGACUCUCUCUCUCUCUCUCUCUCUGUAAGUUCAGUUCAGUUGCGGGUUCUGCUGCUCCGAGCUUUCAUUGUGACACAUUUCACUCAAUCAUGCGCGAAUUCAGUAAACACGUUUUCCGGUUCUGCUUUCUCCUCCUCUUCCCAUUGCUUGUGCUAGCCCAACUAGACCAAGGACCACCGUACGUUAAUUUCGUUUUGAACGCCACAGAAUUGCCGAUGAGAGAAGAUUACGAUUACAUAAUCGUCGGAGGAGGCACCGCUGGUUGUCCAUUAGCAGCCACAUUGUCUGCGAAAUACAGAGUCUUGUUGUUAGAGAGAGGUGGGCCCAGCUAUGACAACACAAACCUCAUGACCCAAGAAGGGUUCUUGCCUGUACUAUCUCAUACAGACACCUUCGACUCGCCUGCUCAGGCCUUCAUUUCUGAGGAUGGUGUUCCUAAUGCUAGAGGCAGAGUUCUCGGCGGAAGCAGCGCCAUUAAUGCUGGGUUUUACAGCAGAGGAGAUAUGGAGUUCUUUGAGAGAUCUGGAGUUUACUGGGACAUGAAUCUCGUGAAUCAGUCUUACGAGUGGGUCGAGAGCGCUGUGGUUUUUAGGCCCAAUCUCAUGGACUGGCAAACGACGAUUCUUGAUGGGCUUCUUGAAGCUAAUGUCACUCCUUAUAAUGGUUUCAGUCUUGAUCACGUAACCGGAACCAAGAUCGGUGGUUCCACCUUCGAUAGCUUUGGUCGGAGACACUCGGCUGCAGAUCUUCUGAACUACGCAAACCCUUUUAACAUCAGGAUCGCUCUCUAUGCGAACGUCGUCAGGGUUCUCGUGGGCUCACGCUCUACUUCUUCCGGUUCUCUCUCUUCCUCUGCUCCGGCGAAAAAGGCAGCAAGCGGUGUCGUUUACCGGGAUGAAUUGGGGCGGCACCACCGUGCCAUGAUAGGUGGGGAUGGGGAAGUGAUACUUUGUACAGGGGCCAUUGGCAGCCCUCAGCUUCUGCUUCUAAGUGGCAUUGGCUCGCGUGCUUACCUGGCCUCAUUGGGUAUACCAGUAGUUCACCACCUCCCCUAUGUGGGUCAGUUCAUGUAUGACAAUCCCCGCAAUGGCAUCUCAAUUGCUCCACCACUCCCACUUGAUCAUUCUCUCAUACAGGUGGUGGGCAUUACCAAUUCAGGCAGCUACAUUGAGGCUGCAUCGAACAUCGUCCCUUUUGUGUCGCCGGUUCGCCCCAUCUUCCUCCGUGACCCUUUUUCUCCAGUCUACCUCACUGUUGCCACCAUUAUGGAGAAGAUUUCUGGGCCACUCUCGGCUGGAUCGCUCCGUCUUGCAUCCACUGAUGUUAGAGUGAAUCCGGUGGUGCGGUUUAACUACUUCGAGAACCCGGUGGAUUUGGCACGGUGCGUGAUGGGGAUGCGCAAGAUAGGGGAGAUACUGAGGGGCCGAUCCAUUGAUGGUUUUAGGAUCAGGGGCUUGCUUGGUGGGAGGGAUUUUAGAUAUGUUGGGCCUACAUUGCCCUUCAAUUUGUCAGAUGAUGAGUUGAUGGGUGAUUUUUGCCGCCGAACAGUGGCAACCAUAUGGCACUACCAUGGUGGGUGCCUAAUAGGGAAGGUUGUUGAUCGUCAGUACAGGGUGAUUGGCUUGGAUGGGCUUCGGGUUGUUGAUGGAUCCACCUUCACGGUGUCUCCGGGAACAAAUCCACAGGCCACAAUGAUGAUGAUGGGCCGGUACGUAGGCCUACAGUUGAUCAGAGACAGAACAACAUAGAUAUAAUGGCUGUUUUUGUAUGGACAAAGCUGUUCAUUUCCAGCCAUGGCAUUUUCUAAUUGGCUGCUUCUUGAUUUUUUUAGCUCCCUUACAUUGUCUUUGUCUUGUAAAUUUCUGUGAUACAUUUGAAUGAUUUUUCAACAGAGGAUAAGAUGAACAGCAGUGGUUUAGAAGAACACAGGAGUAGUAGUAUUUCUUUCUGUCUUGAUUGUUAAGUUCUUUCAUAUUUCAGCUGAAAGAAAUGAAUAGUCAAAUGUGUUCACAUUACUCUCUC